GGAGGUUCAUCAUGUGGACGCUGGCAGCCCUCCUGCUCCUGGCUCCAAGCAGUGGACACGCUGCUACCCUGGAGAAGCCCACACUGUCUCUGCACCCGCCCUGGACCACCAUCUUCAAGGGGGAGCGGGUCACCCUGCGGUGUGAUGGGUACCACCCCCUGGUCCUGGAGCUCCGGCCCAUCAGCACCCUCUGGUACUUGGGCCAUCUGCUGCUGCCCUCUCAUGGGAAGAGCAUCGAGGUGCAGGCCCCAGGGGUGUACCGGUGCCAGACACGGGGAGCGCCCGUCAGUGACCCUGUCCACCUGUCUGUGUCCAAUGACUGGCUGAUUCUGCAAGCGCCCUACGCCGCGGUGUUCGAGGGCGAGCCGCUGGUGCUGCGCUGCCGCGGCUGGUACGACAAGGUGGUGUACAAGCUGCACUAUUACCACGACGGCCAGGCGGUGCGCUACUUCCACUCCAGCGCCAACUACUCGGUGCCGCAGGCGCGCGCCAGCGACAGUGGGCGCUACCAGUGCUCCGGCACCAUGCGCAUCCCGGUGGAGAGCGCGCCCAUGUUCUCCGCCAAGGUGGCCGUGACCGUGCAAGCCGCGCCGUGCGCCGCUUCGACUGGGGCGCGGAGUACAGAGUCCCCGAGGCCGAGGCCGACGAGCUGGAGUCGCACUGGUGCGAGGCGGCCACAGCCUCCCGCAGCGUCAGGAAACGCAGCGCGUGGCUGCAGCUCCCGGGGCGCGGGUCGUCCCUGGACUCUCCCACCGCUGCCCUGGCCCCACAGGCCGCACCCUUGGCGCCCGGGAACAAGCCGCUUUCCUUCCGAAAGUCCCUGCUGUCCACGUCGGUCCCGUCGGUCACCUCUGUCCCUAACACCACCUCGGUCGGGCUGCCGGUCCCAGCGGCCAGAGCCCCCAGCGCUGCGCCAGCCGCCUGCGCUCCGCCGACGCCCCUGGAACAGUCCGCAGCGGCCCUGA